AGCUGUUGCUGAGGUUGUCUCUCACAUUUGUCCGAUUUCCUCCUGUAGUGUUCUCAAACAGUGUAAAGAUGUGGAGCUCUCCUUCAGUGACAUGACGGGCAAGCCUGAAGCCUUCAAAGGCACCAAGAAAGGGAUGUUAUAUCUCACCCCUUACAGGGUGAUAUUUGUGUCGAAGGGCAAGGAUCCUAUGCUGUCUUUCAUGAUGCCGUUUUAUUUGGUGAAAGGCUGCUCAAUUGAGCAGCCUGUGUUCUCUGCCAAUUACAUCAAAGGACAGAUUCAGGCUGAGGCAGGAGGUGGCUGGGAAGGGCAGGCGACAUUUAAACUGACUUUCAACAGUGGAGGAGCCAUUGAGUUUGGACAGUUGAUGUUAAAAGCUGCCUCUAGUGCUUCCAGCGGCGUUCCUCUCCAGAACCCUGGCUAUGGCUAUACACCUGUGCCUGGAGGGUAUGCACCUGUCCCACCUGCUCCAGGGGGUUAUUCACCUGCACCGGGGGGCUAUGCUCCUCCUCCACCACCAAACGGACCAUAUCCUUAUGCGCCACCUCCAAUGAAUGCCUAUGGACCUGCUCCACAGCCCAUGGGAUAUCCGUAUGCCCAGACUCCAGGUAUUUACCCACCACUUCCAAACAUGAACCCCAUGUACGUGCCACCUCCUCCUCCCUACUCUGGGCCAUCUCCUGCAGGACCCUCAGCCCCCUCAGCUCCCCCAGCUUGGGUGGGCCCAGGGAUGCCAGGGGGCAGUACGGCCACGGAAGCUGCAUCCAGUGCGUAUUACAACCCGGCCAACCCACACAAUGUGUACAUGCCCAUGGAUCAGCCACCUCCUUAUGCACCUCCUGAGGAUAAGAAGAACAACUAA